AUGUUGUCAUCGUUGACAUCAAGAUGGUUUAUCUACUGGGUAGUGUCUAUUGCUAACAUAGUAGGAUACUUACUAUUUCUCCGCGGGUAUUUCCCUUCAAAGGUUGUGCUUCCAGGGUCCAACACCUUCACUAGUGGUUCAGUUUCUCCAUUUUUGGAUCUCAAUGGCCAGCCAAAAUUUGAAAGAUUCAUACUCAUGGUGGUGGAUGCAAUGCGCUCAGACUUUUGCUAUGGUGAAAACUCGGGAUUUGAUUUUUUGCAGCAAUUAAUCAAACAAGGAAAUGCAAUUCCAUUCACUGCAUUUUCAAAUCCUCCAACGGUAACUUUACCAAGACUCAAAGGGAUCACCACCGGAGGUACACCGAACUUUUUGGAUGCAAUCUUGAACAUUGCAGACGACUAUGAUGACUCACAAGGCUUGCACAACCAAGACUCUUGGAUUCAUCAGCUAAAGUUGAAAAAUAAAACUAUAAACUUUUUUGGAGAUGAUACUUGGUUGAAGUUGUUCCCCACCGAAUUUCAAGAAUACGAAGGAACUAAUUCCUUUUUUGUUAGCGAUUUCACAGAGGUUGACAAUAACGUAACUCGCCACUUGGAUACUCAAUUGUUUAAAGAGCAACAUGUUGCAAAUAAUAAAAAUUGGGAUGGCUUAAUCCUUCAUUACUUGGGAUUGGAUCAUAUAGGGCAUAAGGGUGGGCCAAACUCGGUAUACAUGAAACCAAAACAAAAGGAAAUGGAUUUGAUUGUAAAGCGUUUAUACAACUACAUCAACGAUAACCAGGAAACUGUUCUUAUUGUGAUGGGCGACCAUGGAAUGAAUGAGGUUGGUAAUCACGGCGGAUCAUCACCAGGUGAAACAUCCGCAGCACUCACUUUUAUAUCACCCAAGUUUAAUGUGUACAAUGACAAUACAAGAACUGGAGAACAAAAGAAAUAUGAUGAAUACGAUUUUUACAAUAGCAUAUCUCAAAUAGAUUUGGUCCCUGCAAUUGCUGGUUUAUUAAAUUUUCCCAUUCCGAAAAAUUCUUUGGGAGUCAUGCCCUUCCCACUUUUACAACAGUGGCCCGAAGGCAAAAGAUACGACAUUAUAUUUGAAAACUGUCGACAAAUCAUGGACCUCUAUAGUGCCAAGUAUGGCGAACAGGACCCUAUUUGGCAUGAAUGGUUAGAGUUGAGUCAAAGCAAGAAUCACAAGAUUGAAAAGAUUUAUACCUUUUUACACAAGGUGCAAGUAGACCUUGCAUCGUCUGCAACCAAUUACAAUUACAAAGACAUCUAUAUUGGAGCAGCAAUUAUGUCUAUUGCAACUAUAGUCACCGUGCUUUUAUUCAAUCUCUAUUUUUUCCGCAUUGCACUGAUAUCUCCAUUAACUGUUGCAACUUUUCAGGUUCUUACAGUCUUUUAUGCAAUACAUUUCCACGGAUCUUCAUUGGUUGAGGAAGAACACCACCUUUGGAACGCGGCAACAACGGUUGGCAUUAUUUGUAUGGGUCUUACUUACUUUGAUUUGUUCAAUAGUAAAAGAAAAGUUGCUUUGUUGGUAGUUUUACUAUUCUGUCUAAGAUUAAUAAAGUCUUGGAAUACUACCGGACAGAAAUGGCUAAAUGAGCCGACAAUUGGCGAAUACUUGUCAAAGUCAGCAACGGGAUUACUAUGGACAUUGAUAUUACUAACCUACAUAAUUUGUUCCACUUUAACCUAUAUACAAGUGAUUGGGUCGCAUUUCAGAAUCCUGAAACCGUCAGACCUUGUGACGUGUUGCGAUUAUAGCGCUUUCUUUGUUGCAAUUGGAGUUUCGAUUGGAGGUUCAUUGUCCUUGCUGUUCAAGAUUGUGCAAUAUUGCAUUGAUGGGGGCAUUUUGCCUGUUUUCUUGAAAUUUUUAUUGAAAUGGAUCCUUGCAAAAUUCAAAAUCGACUUGACAAACGAUUUCAAUCUUGAAGACCCCAGCACUAAAUUUAUCUUACUGGAUGUCAGUAUCCAGCUUUCCCGAUGGUGCUUAUUUUCACUUUUUGGAGUACUUAUAACUCAUCUUGCACUUUCAAAGUUUAUGAAGAAAAGUGCCAUGGGCAAAAGAGGAACAGUGACUUUUAUUGCAAAUAUAAUCACCAUCUACUUGAUACACCAGACAAGCUACAAGAAUAUCCCCAUAUUUUUGUUGCUCACAAUCUCAAAAUUCGCGCUUGCAAAAUUGAUACAACAAAAGACAUUAAAUAUUGAUCAACACAUUAUGAUAGUCUCGUCAGUGUGUCUUGGAUUACAACAACUCACUUUUUUCUUCAUGGGCAACACCAACUCAUUAGCCACCGUUGACUUAUCAAAUGCAUAUAACGGUGUCAAGUCGUACGAUGUGAUUUUAGUUGGGAUUUUGACUUUUAUUUCCAACUUUGCUGGCCCUAUAUUUUGGUCAUUUUCAGCUAUACAGCUCUUGUUUGAACCCAGUCUCGUAUCAUUUGAGGAGAACACAAAUUACGACUUGGUCAACUACCCAAAAUUAAAAAGCUCAAUUUUUUUGAUUCGCGGUCUCAUUUUACUAUUCUUUUACACGGUUUCGGGCUUAAGCUUGGUUGCCUCUUGCAUCAACCUAAGGUUUCAUUUGUUUGUUUGGACAGUAUUUUCACCAAAGUUAUUAUAUUUUGGAAGCUGGCUUUUGCUAUUCAACACGGGAGUUGAUUUGAUAAUCAGUAUGAUUACGGUUUAUUUAUGA